UAUAAUUAUAUAAAACUCAAUAACUUUAUAUCUCAGCCGUCCUUAAAAGCAAUCACUUUAAAUAAUCGUAGACCCCCUUUCUUCCAGACACACUACGUUCGUUGCCUAAACAGCUGUUGUGAGGCGUUAGUGCAUUUUUGAGUCGCUCUUGAAUUUUUGUUUACUUCCGCAUUUGAUUUAAAUAUUGCGAAAAUGUCGAAAUCAGACCUAGACAAAAGCAUCGAACUAAUUACGAAGACCGAGGAGCUGGCCGACAAGAUUCUCUCCAACAAGCUAGAGCUGAAGGCGAUGGACAAACGGCGCCAGGAUACGCGUCAGGCAAUGCGGCUGAUAAAUAAAUCGGAGGACAAGAAAGUUUGGAUCACCAUUGGCAGCAUGUUGGUCAAAGUGCAGCGGGAGAAGGCCCUGGAACUGCUGAAAAAAGAUCAAGACCAAAUCGAGCAGCAAAUAAACCUUAUGUACUCGGAACAAAAGGUUUUGGUCAACAAGCAUCGGGAUUUGGAGUUCAAAUCGCCCUAUUCUGGAACACACUUGAAAGCCUUGGAAAAGAAGGAGUUUGAUGCGCUUAAAGCUAAUCUACCAUUGCUGUAAAAACUAUUGUUAAACUUAAAUUUAUUUAUAAAUGA